CAACUUUGGAAUGUCUCAUUUACAUGCGUUACCAUGGUUUCUAUUUACGGUAAAUUUUACCAAAAAAGGUAUUUGACGUCAAUGAUUUUCUCAUGAAUAGUUCAUGUUUAAUAAAAAUUCCUGAUUGCGUGACCCGUGACCUAUCAGUAUAGUAUUACAUAUUCUUUCGAUCGACGACAUCUUUCAAAAUUAUACAAUGCUUCUGCGUUUGAAGGAUUUCACGAAUCCGUUUUGAAAUAUGGCUUUGAAGUUUUCUGCAAGUUUGAGUUUUUUGUUUCAGGAGUAUGAAAAUCUGACGGACAGAUACAUGGCAGCAAAAAGGGCAGGUUUUACAGCAGUUGAGGUUGGCAAUCCCUAUAAUGUACCAAUAGAAGAGUUAAGGACUGCCAAAGAAGAGGCUGAAGUUGAACAAGUAUUAAUCAAUGGAUUCAUAGGUGACACCAAAGGAUUAGCUGCUGUUCCAGGGGAGGAAGAGGAUUUCAAGCAAUGUCUUGAACUGUCCAUAAAGUAUGCAGAAGCCCUUAAAUGCAAGAGGAUCCAUCUACCAUGUGGUGCGAUGACUGAUGAAGAAGCUAAAAAUGACAAGGUUAAACAGUUUUGGGAGCAAACAUAUGUGAAAAAUUUAAGAUUUGCUGCAGAAAGACUUGAGAAGGCUGGAAUCACAUUGUUGAURGAACCAGUCACCACCAUUCCAAACUGUUUUCUCACCCAAACAAAACAAGCUAUAGAUAUAAUUAAAAAAGUGGAUCAUAGUAACCUAAAACUGAUGCUGGAUAUAUUCCAUGCACAAAGUGGUCAUGGUAAUCUCACCAAUACUUUAAAUGAGUGCAUUGAAUACAUAGAUCAUAUACAGAUCAGUCAAGUACCUUAUCGAACUGAGCCAGACUGUGAUGGAGAAAUCAAUUACCCUUACAUAUUAAACCUGAUAGCUAAGCUAGGUUAUAAGGGUUGGAUAGGCUGUGAAUAUCACCCUAGAGGUAAAACAGAAGAUGGACUUAAUUGGAUGAUGAGAUACCAAGUGCCGCCAUAGGUAUUUUUUUUAAAAAACCUGCAACAGUUUGUACAUUUAUUUAUUCCUAAAGUAAAAUAUAUUAUGAUUUCUAGUCAAAUUUAUUUUACUCAUUUCAGUAGAUUUAUUAAACAGGUAUUAGAUAUCAUUAAUAUAAUUCAAUUGCUGGGACUAUCAUUGGUACAUGUCUAAAUUUAGACCCACCAAAAGUACUAUCAAAACAAUAUUUACUUCCAAGAUAAAUAUUUUUAUCAUUUGAAUGGAAUUUGAAUAGACUGCUGAUGGUUUCUAGUAGGAUCUUAGUAGGAGCAGAGUUUUAACUGAUGGAGGUGGGCCUAAAGCACUACCUGUUGUAAGACCAGGGCUAAAAUAAUGGCAAGUCAUUUUGACAAUGUCGGGCUAAAAUUUAAAACUUGUCCAGUCAAAUCUAACCUUGUGGGUCAUUUUAACCAGUAACGUUGAUCCAGAAAUGAGGUAUGACCAAACAAUAACUAGUUUGGCUUGUGAUCAUGACCAGCGAYUGACAGACCAUAUUGUUAGCCUUGUGAGAUUUUAUGUAGUAUGUUUAAAAUUAUUUAGUCUAUUGGCAACUAAAGUGGCAACUGAAGACUGUUGUCUAAGUCUAGUCCUCUGCAAUCCUCUAACCCCUUUCCAAAGGUAAAAAUUAUUUCUUGCAACGAUACAAUGUAAGAUAUACUAAUUUUUAAACACAUAU